GAAAAAGCGAAAUAGGUUUAAAUAAAAUAUUUGUGUAUUGUGUGGUAAAAAGUAAAGCUGUAGCCUCUUCCUCAUUCCCUUUAACCUCUUCCACUUCCCGUCUUCCCUCUGUGUCUGUCCGCCUCUCCUCUGUCCCGCAGCCCCGCAGCCGACGCCUCGUCAGCCAGGCAACGACUCCGACGGUCCGACGUGAGGCGACGUCUUUGAAUUUCGUCCUCGUAGGCUCUUACUCUGGUAGUGAGCUUAUAGUAUUGAUGGUGAGCGAAAAAUCUUUGAAGAGGGCAGAACCUGACUGGCGAUUGAAGAAAUGUGCGAAAAGGAAUGUUGUGGCUAAGGUCGAUGAAGAGAGUGACAGUCACUUAAUUAGAAGGUGGGAAGAGAUGAACCAUGAAAUAUUGGUUAGCAUAAUGAAGCGAUUGGGUGUGUUAGAUCUUAUAUUUUCAAUUUGCUUUGUUUGCAAGUCCUGGCUGGAUGCCACACUGGACACUUUCUUCCCACCACAGGAUGUCUUUAGUUUGAGUGAUUUCCCUUUGCUCCUCGGUUCUAGUUCAUACAACAGAAGAGUUCAGCGCAGAAGGUUUUGGAGGAUGGUUGAACUUCAUCUCAAUCGCGAUCAAGCAAGACUUCAUACUAAACUUGUACUGCCUUGUAUUCGCUUAAACAAGUAUGGUUAUCUCUACAUUGCUAAGAGGUUACCUUCACUUAGGAGUCUGUCUCUUCACAUGGAUUCGUUGAGGUUACGUCGUCCUUUUUUGAGUGUUGCAUCAUAUUGGAAGGGAUUGGUAGAAGUGGAGUGUUUUGGAUCAUGCGUUAAGAUUGUCAGUGAGCUUUGGAAUCAAAUUCAUACGUUAAGGUUGCUUGGUGAAGUACAGGUGACAGAUGCAGUUGUCAUUGCAAGAAAUUUUCCUCGUCUCACACAUUUGUCACUUAAGAAAUGUACCUUAAUGGACAAUGCUUUAUCACUAAUAUUAGAAGGCCAAAAGAAUCUCAUUUACCUUGAUACAACACAUGCACUUCUUCGUGAGAAGAAUGUUUGUUGGGCCAAGGAUUGGGAUGAAGACCUUCUCUUAAAGGCCAGCAGGGUCACACAAUACUUGAGAUGUGAAAUGAGGAAUUGUCGCUAUUGUUACAAAAGUUAUUCUCUUUGAAGUGUGAUGAAUUUGAUAUUGCUUGAAACUUGAAAGAGAUGGGAAAUCACAGAUUUGUCAUCAGUUUGAAAAACUCGUUACCUUCACGGGAAGGAAAAUGCUACCUGAUCUAUUGCAAAGUCGCCCAUUAUCAUGAACAAAAUCACGCUAGAGAGCCUUUUUGUGGGUGGACCAACGUCUGCAUCCCACAAAUUCAUGGUUUUGUUUUGUAAAGGUUCUAGACCUAGUUUAUCUCUGGAAGUAUGCAAUUGUACUCCUCCUCUCUGUUUUAUACAUGCAGUGCGAAAAAUGAAACUAUAUUUAUAUCAUCUAAUGGUUUGGUAAAA